CGUGCAGAGAGACAGUCGGCGAGGAGACCCGCAGCCGCCAGGAUGUCCCGAACGACCCGCCUUUCGUUGCUUCUGCUCACGUUGUGUUCCGCGUCCUCGGCGCCCCCAGUCGACAAGUUGGCCGACGCCAAGCUCUGCGCCGAUAAGGAGUGUGCGUACACCAUAUCAGUGGCGCGCGCCAAUGAGGACUUCGCCGCUCCUGACUGCAGGUUCAUCAACCUGAAGAAGGGCCAGAUGAUCUACAUCUAUUCCAAACUGCUGCCAAAAGAGGGCGCCGGUGUCUUCUGGUCUGGAAGUGUCUACAGCGAUCGCUACGUGGACCAGAUGGGAGUCAUCGGCUACUUCCCUAGGAACCUGGUGACCGAGAUACACGUGUACAACGAGGACCCCAUCAAGGUCGCCACCACGGAUGUGGACUUCUACUGCAUCUGAGGACCGGAGCGACGACUGGUGAACACGCUGAGCACUCUCGCUACUCUCUUUACUCUCCUUUUACGCUUUGUCCUCUUUGCUCUUCUCUUUUCUGUGGAAGAAGAAGGGAGGAAGAUGUACCAUCAAGACUGGAAGCCGACUAAAUGAGGAACUUGUUUUCUGCUGUGAAAAAGCCGAUUUCCCGCAAGAGGUUUAUUUUUAAUCGUUUAUACAAAUAAAUCUGCAUCUGUUUUA